UUCACCUAUACCUUUGAGAUUGAAAAAAGAAAAGGGAGUGGAUAGCUCUUUUUUGGUAGCAGCAGUGGUUCGAAGAAAAGAGGGCUAUCAGGAAAGCUAUAUGGGCUUUGAAGCUAUUGCAUCGUUUGCCCCUUUCUCUAAUGAAUAUGCAUUUUCUAUGAAAGACUCUCUAUUUACGCUUGCUCGCAAUCAAUUCCAUCUUGAAAUGACUGAAACAUCUCUUUCUGAAAUAAGUGGAUUCACUCCUUACCUACUCACUUCUGAUCUCAUCUGUAUUCCGAUCGAAGAAAGAAUCUCGUUUUUUUCAUGUUGACUACUAUCUUUUUGAAGUAGAUAGCCAAAAGUGCUCAUUCUAUAAGAUACUGGAAAAGCCGACUCAUGUUUCCACGUCAUUUUCAUUACGAAGAUGUAUCACGUCAGGAUCCGUUGCUCAAACCGAAUCACGCCAACGUUAUGGAAGUUCCUGGAUCGUGUCAAAUCAGAGUCGUACCAAAGGCAGCACCUUCUUCUUUCAUAAUCCAAAAUGGAAAAUUGGCUAUGGAGAUUCCGCGCGGUCAGAAAGUCAUACAGACACAACGGGCUUCGGCGGGAAAGUCGUUUCGAUCCAAUCCAUUCUGGGGGUCAAAUAAAGACAAAAAGGGAUAUGUCAGUGACCUAGCACGACAAAGCACUCUUCGAGGGCAUGGAAUGUCUCAUUUUUUGGUCAGAAUAUCCACAGUAAUGUCUCUGUUAGAUUCUCCGGUCGAAAUACGGGAAAAGUCCAUUCAAUUCUCGAUGGAAACGGAGUUUUGCGAAUUCUCCCCGGAACUUGCAGAUCAUUUCGAGAUCUUCGAACAUAUUCGAGGGUUCAAUGUGACUAUUGUCACUUCGGCCAACACACAAGAUGAGACUUUACCACCGUGGAGCGGCUUUUUUCACAAAGAUGAGGUGGAAACUCAGUAAGAUGUCGAAGAAUCGAAAUAUACGAGAUCACAAACGUAGAUUGCUCGCGGCUAAAUAUGAAUUGAGACGAAAGCUUUAUAAAGCCUUUUGUAAAGAUCCCAAUCUUCCUAGUGAUAUGCGGGACAAACAUCGUUAUAA